CUCGGGCUGAACUCACAGCCAUGAACGAACGUUUGGAUCAACAACUAGUAUACCGACAAAGUCAAAGAAAUGCAAGAUAUUGUCCUAUUCGAUUUGGACUGCAUAUGGAGUUAUUUGACGAAUUGAUUCGUCAAGUGGCCCUAAGCGAUUCCACGAGAGCUUUCAUUUUGGAAAGAGUGCGAGGUGAGCUGAACCAGACGUUGGAUUCGUAUAAGAAAGUAUUGGAAGUCUCCUUGGUUGAGGAAGCAAAGGUCGUCGUCGAUCAGAAAGUUGACCCCGAAGUGAUGAUCCUUCAACGCAAGCUGGAUGACGCUCAAGCAGAAUUAGCAGUUGUAGUUGAGGACCAUGAAAACGUCAACUCUGAUUUAAAAGAGCUGGAAAAUAAAUUUGAACUCAUGGAAAGAAUUGAAAUACAGGUGCACCAACCAGAAAUUGCUUUCACCAAGCGCCUGGGUCAAGCCUUAGAGCGUCAGCUUUACCACUUUGAUAAUCCACCAGUUUUUGACACUGGAGAAGAUGAGUAAUUUCAAAUGAGCAAUUAUGAUCAUAUUAUUGACAAAUAUAUG